AUGGAUAACCAAAUAUGUUUGAGGUUUGAUAAACUGAGAAACUAUUUACCCGAUGACUUAAACAUCUCUAAAAGUAGUGAUAUUCAUACAUUAGGGAGUGCUAAGAAGUAUUGUCCUAUUGCAGAUUCAGAAAAUAAAUGUGAAACUAAUGCCGAUAAAAUAAAUGCUGGAUUUCUAUGGUUGUUCGAGCAAAAUAUUAUUAAUAGGAUUACUGCUUUUAAGGGUUCUAAUGAUAAAAAACAUAAAUCGUUUAUUAUAUACAUUAUGAUAUGGUUAAGUUAUAUGUUAAGUCUAAAGAAAGUCAAUAACAUCAACAACCUAAAUGAUUUUUAUGGAGUGCAUAUAAAGGAUAAUACGCAUUAUAAUACUUGUAUAAAAAAAGAACAAGAUUGUAGUAAUUCAUUAAAAGACAGUACGGGAUAUAUGAAUUUUAAGGAGUUCAUAGAAGCAAACAAAUGUUUGAUGGAUAUUAAAUUUGAAGAUGUGUCUAAUUUGUAUGAUGCAUUUAAACUAUUAUGUAAAAUGUAUACUGGACUUAGUGCAAACACAAAAACAGAUAAGAGAUAUUUAGACAAUGCUAAUGAAUUUGUUAAAAAAUAUGAUGAACUUAACAAAAAUCUUAAUAUUACUAAAGAUAGUCCCUAUUAUCAAGUAUUGUCUACAUUAUCAGAUGAUUAUAAUAAUUUUAAAAUUUAUUGUAAAAGUAAUAAAAAUGAUUGUAGCGAUAUUCAAUCCCUUUCACCAAUAAAAGUAAAAGAAAAUAGUGUACAAAGUUCUGAACGAACUUCUUUACAAAAUUAUGAAGCUACAUCACCAAGUUUGCCGAUAACAAACAAAUUAAUUCCAGUUUUAUCGAUAAUUGCUGCAAUACCAAUUUUCGUGGGAAUUGCUUAUAAGUAUUCGUUAUUUGGAUUUCGGAAAAGAGUUCAAAAACAACAUUUAAGAGAAAAAAUAAAAAAUAUAAAGAAGAAAACUGAUCAUUAA